AUGCAUUUUGCCAUUCGCAGGCUGCUACGAAUACACGCUCCUCCCCAGUCAUGGCAGAACUUCCUGGGCUCUUCUGAUACCUGGCACAUUGACUGCACCUAUGAUUUAGACUGUCUGACGCCUCUUCUGUCACUGCUCGACAGAAGACUGCGUGGGUGACGGUCUUGGGGAAGGCCUAGUUCAGUUCUCUGCUUCAUUUGCUCGAAUCCCAGUUUCAACCAUCCAUCUCAGUAGUCACUCGGUCCCAAACCUCCUUCGCUCGCAUGACCCUAGAUCAUACGUAUCCCGCUUUGUCUAGAUCCGGCGACAGGACAUUUGCACGCCCGCCCUCAUUGCUGGCUCGGAGAGCUGGCCGAUCGCUUUCGAACCGACUUGCAUGGCCGGCGUGCAAGGCAACAUCCGGUCCUUCAUUGCGCCGAUCAGAGGAUCUGGUCGAACUGCCCCGGCAUUCCUCGAGGAUCUAACACUCUACGAGCCAUGGCGAGACUCCGAAGACCUUCCAAACCUGCUGGCUGAUUCUCCUCUCAAGUUCACUCAAGCAGCCUAUUUGGCAGACCUCCUCCCGCUUCAGAGCUGCAGGCACAAAUUUGGUUUGAAGCCGAGACAAUCUGAACCUCCCGCGUUGGAUGAGAGACCGGGUCCGCAGUCAAUAUGGAGCGUUGCAGCUUUCUGCCAGGUGUGCCGCGUGCAUCUUCAUGUCAAGGUCGAUUACACCAUUAGAUUCAAUGAUGGUAAUUGCCCGACCGUUGACCAUCCUCUGCAUCACCUGGUGAGGUCAGGAUUUCAAGAGCCGUUGGAAAGGAGUGCGUGGCAGCGCAGGAGUCCGAACUCUCAAGAUGAAAUAUACACCUACAGAUGUUCUUCACUUAGCUGCUCCGCCACCGUUACCGUCCGCUACAGCCUGCCGGUCCUGCGUCCGAGCGACAUUCAUACCCUGACCGACCCCUCGCUGCUGCGCCAGAGAACAGAAGAUGCUUUCCGCGAACGACAAGGGCAUACAGAGGGGAUGCGACACCCAGGGCCAGCGGAUGUCCUGCUAGACCUGCGAGCAUAUCUGAGGAACUCCUGGCGUGCAAGAGAUGAUCCUAAGUAUAGGUCAAUCAAUCUGUCAAACAGAAGGUUUAUUGUUCGAUUUGGGCCAGAGGGAAAUGCCUGCAAGGACGUCCUGGAGCAUCUCGGGUUCCAGCUUGUGCCCGGGGAUUGCUGGAUGGUCCCAGAACCGAAUUUUGAGGAAAACCUACCGUUCCAGAGUCCCGUCAACAUCUGGUUAGAUAAUGCCGAACACGAAUUGACAGCUCUCCUUCUGUCGCGCCCCUAUGAAGAACGACAGCAACUGCAAGAUGUCACCCCUCCUUUGCCCUCUGAAAGGGAAUUUUCACGGGUCCUUGGGUGUCAGGACUAUGAUACGCACCCUGGCAGCAGAACUGCUAAAAUCUCUCCCGAAAUGAGAACUCCUCCUUUCACUGCUCUUGGGUGUGCGAUGGAUUUAUCUGAUCACCUUGUUGCCAAAGCGUACCAUUGGCAGGUGCAAACAGAUCAUCCAAAUGCACAUGUGUAUCUCAGCAACCUCAAGUACAUCGGAAAUCAGCGUCAGAGCGAAGUCCUGGAGACUGAAGUCGUAUUGGAGACCUCGCGGGGCCAGUAUGAUGCAGAAAUGUUGGAUGAAGCAUAUAAAGCCUUCCAUCUGAACAGGCUUGGGGGUCCGGUCAGCGAUGAGGACAUUAUCGGCUCAUUCACAGCUCAACUGGCAGACUCACCAGCCCACGAACAUCAACUGAGAGAUUAUCUCCGCAUCAUAGGUGUUCAUCGUGACAGUAAACGCAUCAUGGACACUGCGUUGAACAUCAUUGACAGCUACGAGUCAGCACUUGCCUUUCUAGAUGCGGAUCCCACAAUUGAAGACGAACACAUCCAAGCUUUGUUUGCUGUCAAGACAAAUGACAACAAAGCACUAGAAGAGCAAGCCAUUCAAGCCGUUCGCCUCAUUGCGCAACACCGCAAAAGCCAAUUUCUUUCCACCUGGAUCGACUCAGGAUUUUCCAACGAGACUCAUAACCAGAUGGAGCCUGCCGAAGGCUACCAAGCCCUUCAGAUCGACAACCGCGAGAUUGACGAUGAAAUGAUCCUCUAUCAAUACAAUAUAGCCGUCGAAGAAAAUCCUGGCAGCGUGGAUUACUACAAUAGAGCCCUCGCCGCAAUCGCCAAAGGUCGGAAUAGCUCAAUCCUGUUGGAUCAUCUACACAGCAGGGCUCCUCAAGAACCUCAGGGCAAGCCGGAGGAACCGGUUGGACUGGAAAAUAUUGGGAAUACCUGCUAUUUGAACAGCUUGUUACAGUUCCUGUUUACAAUGAACGAGGUGCGACAGCUGGUUCUCAACUUCGAUGAUUACAAGAUGCCCUUGGACGAGAGGAGCAUGGAGCAAAAGCGUGUUGGACAGCGAAAGGUUAGCGUCAAGGAGGUUCAAACUGCGCAGAAAUUUGUGGCCAGCCUGGCGUCCCUGUUCCGCGGCAUGAUACAAACACCCCGUUCAUCCAUCAAGCCGGAGCAGGAGCUCGCUCGAUUGACCCUGGAGACCGAAAGUGUUAAAGAAAAGAUGCGUCGAAGGUCAACACUCAAGUCAAGUGAGCGGCCCAGUUUAGGCUCCAUUGGCACGCUGCCUGUUUCGGGCCCAUCGCCUCUGUUUGACUCUGAGGCGAAUGGGAUAAUGGACACGAUAAUUAUCCAAUCUCCAACCGACGACAGUGCCACCAACAUUGACAUAAUCCAAGACUUCGACGCUUCGAAGUUGGAUGCUACGGAGGACGCAAGUACUGACCGGCAAAAUAUCGAUGAACCUGCAAUGAACGACAGUGCUAGUGAUGCUACUUUGGUAUCAACUUCUGACGGCGAUCGGAAUGUGGUAGUGGAGAAGAACGAACACAUGUCAAUGUCAGACAACAAGGAGAAUGUGUCCCCUCUUAACCCUACGACAACAUCAGUGGCCAUGUCUCCUUGGACGGGGCAGCCGCUUACAACGGCACCUCCAAUUAAGUCCAAUGCUCAAUCAGGAGCAGUGACUGUAUCUGGCAUAGAUCCGGAGUUGUUGAAAUACGCGCCACCACCUGGAAAGCCGCCGCCAGUACCUCCCCGGAAACCCGUCCAGAGUACGACAACUACCCUGGAAGAGUAUGCACGUCAACAAGAUGUUACCGAGGUCAUGAAUCACUGCAUCAUUCAGCUGUCUUAUGCCAUGCGCCCCACAGGGUUUGACAAGUCGGGAGAGCAACGCGAUGAAGUACAUGAUCUAUUCUUCGGGCAACAGGUGGUCCAUAGCCAACCUGAAAAAGAAGCUCCAGCGCCCCUACCGUUUCUCAAUAUCAUCACCCGUGUGUUCCAUCGGCCUGCUGAUGUUUAUGCUGCGAUUGACAAUGAGUUUGAUCUCCAAGAUGCGCAAGAUGGCGCAAAAGCAUACACCGCAAUCGCCAGUCUGCCGCCGGUGUUGAGCAUAGCCUUGGACCGAGUGUCAUGGAACAACGAGACAAAACGUCAAGAGAAGCUAAAUUAUCAUGUUGAUGUUCCAGAAACCAUCUACAUGGAUAGAUACCUGGAAAGUUCACCAGGCUCUGAUCUUAUGCAAAGACGACAGCAGACAUGGGAGAUUAAGAAGGAAUUGACAUCACUUGUCGCACGGAGAGAUGAGCUUGAGGAAAAAUAUGGCAAAUCUGCAGAUGUUCCUGGUCUUCUCGAAGAUGCAAAGGCUAUUUUGGAAUACCUGGCCGAAGUACCCGGGGAUCAAGUAUCAGGCGAACUCAAUGUGAAUCCAAACGCCAUCACGACUCUCGGUAUUUUAGCCGACAAUGCUCGUUCUGAGCUUGAAGAAAUUCGUGCUCGCGUAUCCCACCUCUCCCAACAGAUCAAAGAAUCCUUUGUCGACAUGCGCAAACACCCUUACCGUCUCCACGCGGCGUUCUUCCACCGUGGUUCUGCUGGUGGAGGCCACUACUGGGUGUACAUAUUCGACCACAAGAAAGAGGUAUGGCGGAAAUACAAUGACGAUCGCGUCUCCACUGUCUCGAAUCUGAACGAGAUUUUUGGAAAUCCCUACGCACAAACCCAAUCCCAAGGCCAACAACAGCCAGCUAGCGGCAGUAGCUUGAAUCCGCCCCCGAACCCGUACCUUUUGAUCUAUCUGGAUGCGGAUCGGAUUGAUGAGUUAGCGGAGACGGUCAAGCGAGAUAUUGUGAAUGUGGCCCCUGAGGCACCUCCUGUCUCCCUGGGACCAACAGACCAGCCCCAAAGUCAGCUGACAGCUAUGCCACCCACUCAGAAAUUCAGCAACGGCGGAGAUGUGGAGAUGCUAGAGUAUGCAAAUGGUGGUGAGCAGGCCCAAUCCUCACCCUCAGAGCCUUCCGCUGCCCACGACAGCUCCCAACCAAGGGAACCGAGCGUGAGUAAGGAAGGAAAUUGGGACAACAGCCAGCUGAUGAUGGAUAGGAAGAUUAACUGGUGAGAAUCUUGGCCAGGAAGACGCGUGGUGGAAUUUACAGCCGAUAUUGUGAGAGAAACACUGGUGCAAGGUCUUGGGCAUCACCCUCUGUAAGAGCAACACAUCAAUCACUUGGUAACAUGCGGUCACAGCGAGGUGCAAGGGAAAAAGAGCAUAAGAUGGCUAGAACCCGGGACAAAAGGGGGUUGUGUAACUAAUGUAACUCGAACCGGCGUCAAUGAGAGCGAUCAACACGCACUUUGCAUGGUAAUCCUCCCCGGUUGAGUAUUCAUGCCUCCACCCGAAGAAGUCGAUGGCGGAAGCCGUGAAGAGCCUGGCUUUCUUGUACCCAAGCUGGAAAGAUCAUGAGUGUGCCCAGCCCUCCUUCUGGAGUAUCCAGUCGGUGAAAGAAGAUCCUCGACGUUGACGCUAGCAAAGACUAAUAACAGACAGCCUCGCGACCAUCAAAGCCUAUGCCAGCCGGUUUCAUGCUCUGAAU